UUGUUUUUUACACUAUCAUUUGAUUGCUAAUACUGUUCAGUGCUAUGUAUAGGGCAUAGCACUGAUCAGUAUUAUCGGUUAUCUUCUGCUCUGGUCUGCUCGAUCUCAAACCAGAGCAGAGGACCCCGGGAGACUGACGGAGACAGGUGAGGAGACCUCCGUCCACCAUUACAGAUUAUCGGAUCGCUGCGGGCAAUCAGAUCAUGCAUUUUUCUGACUGCACUCCCGCAGAUGCCGGGAUCUGUAUUGAUCACGGCAUCUGAGGAUUUAAUGGCGGACAUCCGCGAGAUCGUGGAUGUCUGCCAUUACGGGCGGGCAUAGCACAGAUGACGCACAUGACCCGAGCAUAGCUCCGAUGCUCGCGGUGAUGUACAGGGUGUAAAUGUACGUCCUGGAGCGUUAAGAGGCUAUAAUGCCCCGUCCCAGGGUUCAGCCCUCCCGCCGGAUGCCACACGGGCACAUGUUCUGUUCAUUCCCAAAGAGGAGAGAGAUACGUUCUGUCCGCUGCUACCGGACCAUUUCCCUUUAAUGUGGAAUCUUUUCUCCACUAUUCGUUCAUCAAGAUUAGUUGGAUACUGGGAGAUGUAGUUCACCAGGAUCGGGACAGAUUUAUCCCUGGAACAAAGGCCUUGGAUAAUACUGUGGAGGCCAUUAACCUGAUCCACUAAACAGAACUUUGACCCUGCCGGUUCUGCUCUUAUCUACUGAUGCUGAGAAGGUGUUUGAUCAGGUUCAUUGGAUCUUCAUGGAGGUGACGCUCUGUAUUCUGGUCAUGGCUGCCGGGGUCUGUAUCCUUCUCUUCUGGAAACUUCUACUGCUCCCUCCCUGUCACUUUGUGUCUGAAGUGAAUAAUAUUAUGGAGGUGGAGACCUGAUCUCCUCUCUGUACUUCAGGACCCUGCUGUAUAUGUGGUCAUCCCCUGCCCCGUCUACACGUUAUUAUAAGAUACAAGAUGUGGGCGGAAUCAUCCGGAAUCAUUGUGACUAUAAUGUCUCCUCAGAUGUUUCCCCAGAUUAUCUCCAGGAAAUGGAUUUUAUUUCUCCAUAGAAUCUGGUGCGGUUUAUCAUCGUCUCCUCUUCUUCCCUUCAGGUUUCUCCAAUCCAGGAUCCUCUGCUGAUAUCUUCUAUAUAAGAGAAUUCUCCUGGAUGACCCAUCAACCAUGGAGAGAGACAGGAACAAGAUGGCCGACAGGAUCAUAAACCUCACCCUACAGAUACUCUUCUGGCUUACUGGAGAGGAUUGCACAGUAGUGAAGAAGUCCUCUAGUAGGCCCUGUCGGGCCCCUGUGUGUGAAGGAUGGGGAAGAACCCUGAGCCCAAUCCCGGGGCCCCCACCUCACUCCCUGAUACAUGAGGAAAUGGAUGAACAUAAGAUCCGAGAACUCAUCAACAAGAUGAUGGAGCUGCUGACUGGAGAGGUUCCUAUAAGGUGUCAGGACGUGGCGGUCUAUUUCUCCAUGGAGGAGUGGGAGUAUGUAGAAGGACACAAGGAUCAGUAUAAGGAUCAGGUGAUGAUGGAGGAUCAGCAGCCCCUCACAUCACCAGUUAUUUUCCCCCUAAGGAUGGAGAAGGACAGAGACCCGAUGGAGGAGAAAAUCUUAUACCUCAGCCUAGAGAUCAUCUACCUACUGACUGGAGAGGAUUACAUGGUAGUGAAGAAGAUGGCUGAAGAGGAUGAAGGCCGGACCAUGAGACAGGGUCAUAUAUCACUGCCUCCACCAAACUCACUACUACAGAAGGGAAAGCAGGAGAUCCGGGAACUUAUCAACACAAUGACUGAGCUGCUGACUGGAGAGGUUCCUAUAAGGUGUCAGGACGUGGCGGUCUAUUUCUCCAUGGAGGAGUGGGAGUAUGUAGAAGGACACAAGGAUCAGUACAAGGAUCAGGUCAUGAUGGAGGAUCAGCAGCCCCUCACAUCACCAGAUUCUUGUACCAGGAGAUCAGAGGAGAAUCUUCUAUCUUCAGAUUAUAAAGCAGAUGAUGAUAUCACACAAGAUACAUAUGAAGAACAUUCCAUUAUCCCAGAUACACCCUCAGCCCUUCACAGCCAAGAUCUGUCAUCUCAUCCUUAUAUACAGGUCCUGUCUUCUCAGUCAUCACAGGAUGUUCAGCAAAAUAAAAGUCAUAGUAGAAGUGUUGGACAUCGAAGAGAUUGUGCAAGGAGGAGGCCAUUUUCAUGUUCACAAUGUGGAAACUGUUUUGCUGUAAAAUCAAGUCUUGUAAGACAUCAAAGAGUACACACAGUGGAGAAGCUAUAUCCAUGCUCAGAAUGUGGAAAACGUUUUUUGGAGAAAUCAAAACUUCUUUGCCAUCAAAGAACUCACACAGGGGAGAAGCCAUUUUCAUGUGCAGAAUGUGGGAAAUGUUUUACUCAGAAAUCACAACUUGUUAAACAUGAAAGAACUCACACAGGGGAGAAGCCAUUUUCAUGCUCAGAAUGUGGAAAAGGUUUUACUGAGAAAUCAAAACUUUUUUGCCAUCAAAGAACUCACACAGGGGAGAAGCCAUUUGCAUGCUCAGAAUGUGAAAAAUGUUAUACCGAGAAAUCACAACUUAUCAAACAUCUAAGAAUUCACACAGGAGAAAGACCAUUUACAUGUGCAGAAUGUGGGAAAUGUUUUGCUUCCAAAUAUAAAGUUGUUUAUCAUCAAAGAAUUCACACAGGGGAGAAGCCAUUUUCGUGUUCAGAAUGUGAAAAAUGUUUUGCUGAGAAAUCACAACUUACCAAACAUCUAAGAAUUCACACAGGGGAGAAGCCAUUUUCAUGUUCAGAAUGUGGGAAAUGUUUUACUGAGAAAUCAGUUCUUGUAAAACAUCAAAGGACUCACACAGGGGAGAAGCCAUUUUCAUGUUUAGAAUGUGGAAAAUGUUUUACUGACAAAUCAAUUCUUGUUAAACAUCAAAGAACUCACACAGGGGAGAAGCCAUUUUCAUGUUCAGAAUGUGGAAAAAGUUUUUUUGAGAAAUCGAAACUUUUUUGCCAUCAAAGAACUCACACAGGAGAGAAGCCAUUUUCGUGUUCAGAAUGUGGAAAAUGUUUUACGGAGAGAUCACCACUUAUCAAACAUCUAAGAAUUCACACUGGGGAGAAGCCAUUUUCAUGUUCAGAAUGUGGGAAAUGUUUUACUGAGAAAUCAGUUCUUGUAAAACAUCAAAGAACUCACACAGGGGAGAAGCCAUUUUCAUGUUCAGAAUGUGGAAAAAGUUUUUUUGAGAAAUCGAAACUUUUUUGCCAUCAAAGAACACACACAGGAGAGAAGCCAUUUUCAUGUUUAGAAUGUGGAAAACGUUUUACUGGGAAAUCAGUUCUUGUUAAACAUCAAAGAACUCACACUGGGGAGAAACCAUUUUCAUGCUCAGAAUGUGGAAAAUGUUUUACUAAGAAGACCGUUCUUGUUGAACAUCUAAGAAUUCACACAGGGGAGAAGCCAUUUUCAUGUGCAGAAUGUGGGAAAUGUUUUGCUCAUAAAGCACAACUUGUUAGACAUCAAAGAAUGCACAAAGGGGAGAAGCUAUUUUCAUGCUCAGAAUGUGGAAAAUGUUUUUUUGAGAAAUCAAAACUUUUUUGCCAUCAAAGAACUCACACAGGGGAGAAGCCAUUUUCAUGUUCAGAAUGUGGGAAAUGUUUUACUGAGAAAUCACCACUUAUCAAACAUCUAAGAAUUCACACAGGGGAGAAGCCUUUUUCAUGUGCAGAAUGUGAGAAACGUUUUGCUUUCAAAUCAAGACUUGUUUAUCAUCAAAGAACUCACACAGGAGAGAGACCAUUUUCAUGUGCAGAAUGUGGGAAAUGUUUUACUCAUAAACCACAACUUGUUAGACAUCAAAGAAUGCACAAAGGGGAGAAGCUAUUUUCAUGCUCAGAAUGUGGAAAAAGCUUUUUUGAGAAAUCAAAACUUUUUUGCCAUCAAAGAACUCACACAGGGGAGAAGCCAUUUUCAUGUUCAGAAUGUGGGAAAUGUUUUACUGAAAAAUCACCACUUAUCAAACAUCUAAGAAUUCACACAGAGGAGAAGCCAUUUUCAUGUGCAGAAUGUGUGAAAUGUUUUACUCAGAAAUCACAACUUGUUAAACAUCAAAUAAGUCACACAGGGGAGAAGCCAUUUUCGUGUUCAGAAUGUGGAAAAUGUUUUACGGCGAGAUCACCACUUAUCAAACAUCUAAGAAUUCACACAGAGGAGAAGCCAUUUUCAUGUGCAGAAUGUGGGAAAGGUUUUACUCACAAAUCACAACUUGUUAAACAUCAAAUAAGUCACACAGAAGUGAAGCCAUUUUCAUGUGCAGAAUGUGGGAAAUGUUUUACUCAGAAGUCACAGCUUGUUAAACAUCAAAGAACUCACACAGGUGAGAAGCCAUUUUCAUGUUCAGAAUGUCAAAUAUCUUUUAUUCUAGAAUCCAGUCUUAUCAGACAUCUAAGAAUUCACACAGGAGAAAGACCAUUUUCAUGUGCAGAAUGUGGGAAAUGGUUUACUGAGAAAUCACACCUUGUUAAACAUCAAAUAAGUCACACAGAGGAGAAGCCCUUAUCAUGUUCAGAAUGUGGAAUAUGUUUCAUUCUAGAAUCAAGUUUUAUCAGACAUCUAAGAAUUCACGCAGGAGAGAAGCCAAAUUCAGAGUACUAAAUGAUGCAGAUGACACAUCUACAGGGACGUGCAACAUUAGAUUGCUUUUUUAAGAGGCCUGGAAAAAUGAAAGAAGCGAUCUGAUUGGUUGCUAUGGGCAACUGCACCACUCUUCCUCUAGACAGGUUUUGAUAAAUCUUCCCCAAUGUGUGCAUUUAGUGUAAGUGUGCAUAGUGUGUUCAUAUAACAGUGUUUUACCAACCAGUGUGCCAUCAGCUGUUGCAAGACAACAACAUCAAAAAACUCACACUGGCGAGAAGCCAUUUUCAUGCUCGGAAUGAAUAAAAAAAAUAAAAAUAAAAAGUCACACUUGGACGUCAAAAAGAUUGUACAAGGAGGAAGCCAUUUUCAUGUUCAGAAUGUGAGUGGUGAUAUUCACUGCUCCUCAUGGAGAAGACCCAACAGGCAUACUCCAUGGGGAGCUGCUACUGGAGACCCAAACACCUCACAGAGAAGUUCCUCAGGGGCGGAGCUUGAGCUUCUGAACUUAUAAGGUGAAUUUAAAGCAACUUCCUCAGCCGGAAUUCGGCUAAAAACCAGAUAUCUGGACUGUGAGGAACCAGAGGAACAGACCAACACCUCAUUUUUACAGUUUUAAGUUUUUUUUCCGAGAUCUAGUAUUGAGGCCUGCAACACCGUCUGAAGCCUGGGACUAAAUUUUCUGCUAAGACCUACAGUCGGCUCCCACUUACCCCCCUGUGUAGCGAGAACCAGGAAUCCUCCUCAGCAACACUCCGGAGGCCGGCCUGCACUAACUCCAGACUGCUGGGGCAAGAAAACCCCCAAAGGGACUGUAAUACUAAGUAGUGGUCCUCCUCUGCCCCAGCCAGGCACUUUGCCUGCAUAGUUCUGGACUCCUCUUCAGAAUUGGCCCCAGUCCUCUUCUUAUCCCCUGUCAGACUAUCUGUGGGGGGUGUCAGGCUCUUCUAUGCCCCUGAAGUCUGUUCUCCUGCACGUCACACUGUCACAUUGUUAUUCUGGAACUUCUGGGACUAUUAAAAGGCAGCAGACCCCCGAUCCUGGCUGUGUCCUCCAUACUGUUCUCAGACUGGUUUCACAGGAAGUGUUUUACUUAUUCAUAAGAUAUCAGGAAACUUUCAGCACUGGGUGGGGCUUAAAUGUACAUGUUUAUUAUUCAGUGGUCAGCUGGUGCAGGUGUGAUGUGAAACAAUGUAAAGUAUCUAAUAUCGUUUGUGUAAAUUGGUGAAAUAAAGUUUUAGUACCUGCUUAGAUUUUCUUGUAUUUCACUGCCGCGGCUGGUAAGUGCGCGAAGAUAUCCAAGGGUGUUUCAUGGGAAAUAUUCAAGAGGUAGCAGGAGACUGUCUCGGCCGGUGGCGUCUCGACCGAACUCGUCCCGGUGGAGUAUGCCGUGUCCUAGGCUGCUGCUACUGACGUCACUACAGUAUGCUAGAAGGUCCAAAAUACUUUCCGACGUGUUUCGGAAGCUGAACGGCCUCCUUCAUCUGGGAUGGAUGUUCUUGGAUUUUUAAAUAGCUCCAUAGGUACGUGUAAAGCGAUGCUCCCGUUCUCUCUUCCUAAUUUUGGUGUGAAAUAAUUUCCAUCAUGAUCCAAAGUUUACACUAGUCACUCCAGUUUUGCAAAAGUGGGCGUGGUUAAGUAAAUUUCAUGUUUUACAUGAACAGUCCUUUUUUUAAAUAUUUCCAAUUUUAAAACAUAACAAUAAAGUAGUAAAUUAUUUCAUAGUACACAAUAUAUACAAAACGUAUCCCUGCACACCCCCACCAUGUGAGUAAAGUAAGCCUCAUCCUCUCUACACUUGGGACAAGUGGCGACUUCCUUUAAAGGGGUACUCCGCCCCUAUCCAAAGGAUAAGCGGAUAAGAUGUCUGAUCGAGGGGGUCCCGCUGCUGGGACCCCUUUGCAAUCUCCCUGCAGCACCUGGCGUUUGUAUAGAAUGCCAGCUGCUGUAUCGGAGGACCGUGACAUCACGGCCACACCCCCUCAAUGCAAGUCUGUGGGAGGGGGCGUGACGUCAGCGCCGCAUCGCUAGUCAUCAGGCACGGAGCGAAGUUUGCUCCGUGCACCGGAUGACUGCAGUGCCACAGGAGAGAUCGUGGGGGUCCCCAGCGGCGGGACCCCUGCAAUCAGACAUCUUAAAGGGGUACUCCGCUGCUCAGCGUUUGGAACAAACUGUUCCGAACGCUGGAGCAGGCGCCGGGAGCUCGUGACAUCAUAGCUUCGCCCCCUCAUGACAUCACGCCCCGCCCCCUCAAGGCGGGUCUAUGGGAGGGGGUGUGAGGCCGGAUGAAGCCCGAAUGUGCAAAAUAUCCGGUUAUAGCCUCUGCGCGCAAACAACGUCUCUGCAGUCUCAGCCCCGUGGAUAACUCUACGUAGGAGCGCUGAUAGCUGAUCCCGGUGGUGAGUGCGGAUAUACUUCAUUUCCUUUGCUACACAUUGUAUUACAAGUCUAUGUUUCGUCUUUAUCCUAGCAACGCCGCUCGGCAUAUUUCAGUCUGGUCGGUCCCGUUGUGUUAUACCAGUCCCGCUGAAAUCAUUAACCCCAGAGUCUCCACAGGCACUUGGUGCAUUCCUAUGCUCUCUCUUCUACACGUAUCUAUUAUGUAUAUGAUUUGUG